GGUCGAUGGAACAGAUCUCUAGUUAUUUUUCGGUGAGCAGACGACGAACGGCCAUUUUUCAGGAAGUUUUGUGAAGAAGGUUCAGUGGUUUUUAACGACGAACAUGAUUAAUUCAGUAAGCAUGUUCACCCGUCAAGUGGUUAGAAGGUUUACAACGAGUGCGGUUCGCAGGAGUGGUCAUCAUGAUCCUUAUGACGGUAUUCCUGGACAUAACAUGCCAUUCAGCACUCAGAACAGACACAAAUUGUUGGCUCUGUUUAUGAUCUACCUCGGCAGUGGAUUCUCCAUUCCUUUCUUAAUAGUCCGCCAUCAAUUGCUGAAGUAAAGUUUUGAUUAGCAAGCUGUGCGACUCUAGUAUCUUUUCGUGUUGUCAAUGUUGAAGAAUUGUUGGACUAGCGAAAGGAUUACCGUAAUAGGAAAUAUGUAAUGAAAAAUCUUUAACAACAUUAAAUCAUUACUCAUUUUUGACUUGAA